AGGCAACAAAAUCUCCAGCUGGCGUGUCUGAUCAUUUUUUCCUUCUCCAUACUCUUUAAAACACAAACCUUCUUCUCUUGUUUGUAAAUUAUCAUCAAUCUCUCAAACAAACAAAACGAAAAUGGUUGUGCAAAAGAGAUUCGCUCUGUUUCUAGCGACGUGUGAUUCGGCGCUCGUGAAAAAGGCGUACGGAGGUUAUUUCAACGUGUUCGUGUCGACGUUCGGCGAAGACGGAGAGCAAUGGGAUCUCUUCCGAGUGGUCGACGGAGAGUUUCCGGAGGAGAAAGAUCUGGACAAGUACGAAGGAUUCAUCAUCAGCGGGAGCCUCCAUGAUGCUUUUGGAGACGAAGAUUGGAUCCUUAAGCUUUGUUCUCUUUGCCAAAAACUCGACGACAUGAAGAAGAAGGUUCUCGGAAUCUGCUUCGGCCACCAGAUAUUAAAUAGAAUAAAGGGAGGGAAAAUCGGAAGAGCGAGUAGAGGCCUUGACAUGGGACUAAGAAGCAUAACAAUCGCUAAAGACGCGGUGAAACCUGGUGGCUACUUCGGAGACGAGGUUCCUAAAUCUUUAGCCAUUAUAAAAUGCCAUCAAGACGAAGUCUUUGAGCUCCCUGAAUCAGCCACGUUGCUUGCUUAUUCAGACAAAUGCAACGUAGAGAUGGCUUCCAUUGGAGAUCACUUCCUCUGCAUCCAAGGCCAUCCUGAGUACAACAAAGAGAUUCUCUUCGAGAUCAUCGAUCGUCUCGUCAAUAUGAAGUUGAUGGAGCAAGAUUUUGCGGAUAAGGCUAAAGAAACGAUGGAGAACGCUGAGCCAGAUAGGAAGCAAUGGCAGACUCUCUGCAAAAACUUUCUCAAAGGAAGAUCCGAGCAAAUUUGAAUGUCUAUUGAAUUGGAGAAACAACUUUAGAAAAAGCAAUUUCUAUGGAAUAUUCAUAAAUUAUUUAUAUUAGAAUAGUUUGGGCAUUAGCAAGCAUAUGUAUGAUGAAUACCCAAAUUAGCUUAUCCUUUUCAGGGCAAAACAAAGAAUUGAAUCUUUUGAGUUGAUGAUGUCUGUAGAAUUACAUAAAAA